GGGUCAAACACAAAAACGAAAGAAAAAUGGUUCAGAUUUCAUGAAGACCUCAUUUUCCACUUUUAAAAGUACCAAUUAUUUUAUUAUUAUACUUUACCUUUUAAAUAAACAGGAUUUUAAUGUUUCUUUUACUUUAUAUUAAAAUAAGUUAUUUCUUUGGCCUAACCAAUAUCAAAAUGUCUUCUCCUGUAGACUGUUCGGAUACCUAGCUGCUCACUUUAAAAGAUGUUAAAAAAUAUUUCCCAAAAGCAAAUAAAUUAGUCAUCAUUAUUGUCACAGUGUAGGAAGAAUACAGCUAUCCAAAUAUGAACGGUCAUUAAUUUAUCAUUUUACAAACAAUAAUUAAGACACAUAAACAUACUGUUCCAAUAUUUGCAGUCUUCUCCUGUAGACACAUAAAAAUCCAAAAUUUUUAAGUAUUUUGAACGCAUCCUUUGAGUUAAAUUUGUUGUGUUGGCAUUACUGCGUUAGCUGUCAUUCAUUCGUCCAUAACACUGAGUAAUGGCGUCUCUUUUAGUGAAAAAUAAUAAUUUAAUAGGAUACACAAGAUUUUGGUCGACUUUUGAAGAUCUUUUCUGUAUUUUGCAUAAAUUGUCAUCAUGCCACGUACCGGCAGAAGUAGGAUUCAGCUUUCGGAUGAAGAGAAAAAAAAGCGUAGGCGUGAACAAAAGAAGCUUAGUAUUCGACGUGCACGCGCCAAAAUGGACGAAGCAGCAUUAGAAGAAAGAAGAAGGCAGGACAGAGAAAGAUAUUACCGUAAAAAGGAACAGGGUAAAAUAAAAACUAUUAAAGACUACACGCCUAGGGAACAACGAAAUAUUAGAAAAAUAUGGAGAGAAAAAGCUAAAUUAAAACGUCAGAAGAUAAAAAAUGCCAAAAAUGCUUUGAAUUUUAUUGAACAGAAUACUCCACCAUCUAGUCCCUCCUUUUCACGUAUGAAUGUUGGUAACGCGACUUUGAAGCGCAACGCACGAAAAUUACGGAAUGAAAAUAGAAGUCUCAAACAAAGAAUACUUUUCUUGGAAUCUAAAAUGGCAAAAUAUCGUAUGAGAGCUUUAAGAUCUAGCAAAAGAAAUGAAAACAGGAAUAAAAAUUCAGGAAAGAAAUUAAAGAAAGUAAAAGAAACGAAGAAAGCUGUUGAAGAAUUUUUGCUUCAAGAUGGAAAUAGCACACUCACUUCAGGAAAGAAAGAUACAAUAACAAGAAAGAAGAUCAAGAAGCAGAUUAGAUUUUUAAACGAUUCGCUCAUUAACUUACAUAAGUCUUUUGUCAACAAGUUAGGAAUUAAUAUUUCGUAUGAAACAUUCCGUAGAUACCGCCCAUUUUGGGUGCUGUUCCCUAAAGUUAACUCUAGGAACACCUGUUUAUGUGUGAUUCAUGCAAAUAAUGAUUUUAUGAUUCAAUCUUUACAUACUGCUAAAAUAAUUCCAUAUAAAUCUAUAACAGAAGUGCUGAAGCAUUUAUGCUGUAACAAUUCUCUUAACUUGGCUUGUUUGGAUAAUCGAUGUUCUGGUUGCAAGGAUAAAUUUUUAGAAUGUGACAUUUCUAAUGCUAACGACACAUUAUCAUAUGAAAGAUGGAUUACAAAAAGUUUUCCAGUAGUUAUCAAAAAUGUAACAAAACAAUGUCGUAAAACGAUUAAAGAAAGAGUGCAAACCACCAAAAAAGGUUUGUUUGAAAAAUUUAUUUCAAAUUUGCCAAUUUUGAAAAAACACGUAGGUACUAUGAUCUAUCAGAUCAAAGCAAUACAAUGCGUGCAGAAAAAUAUGUCUCCAGUCGAUGGUUUAUUGCACAUCGAUUUUUCGGAAAAUUAUAACUGUAAAUAUGGGCAGGAGGUUCAGUCAGCUCACUUUGGGGGAUCUAAAGCCCAAAUUUCACUACAUACAAGCGUGUAUUACAAUACUAACUUAGAGCCUCCCAAUAAUUACAUAAAUAGUACAUCUUUCUGUACUGCCUCCGAGAACCUGCGCCAUGACCCCGUUGCUAUUAGCAUUCACUUAAUGAGUUUAAUAGAGAGAAUUAAGGAACUUUCUCCAAAUCUUCAAACACUUCAUAUUUUAAGCGAUGGCCCCCUUACUCAAUAUCGCAAUAAGUCGAUGUUUUUUUUAGUCGCCUCUUUAUUAAGUAAGGAAUUUUCUGUUUCAUCUAUCAUUUGGCAUUUUAGUGAACGGGGUCAUGGAAAAGGUGCACCCGACGGUGUCGGUGGAUGCAUCAAGCGCAUUUGUGACAGUCACGUUGCAAGAGGUAAAGACGUGUCUAAUUUAGAUGAUUUAAUGGCAUGCUUAUCCGUCAAUUGCAAAGGAAUAGAGGUAUUCAAAAUAGAUGAGUCGAAGUUUUCCGAAAUCGAUCUUUUAUUGAAAAGGAGCGCUACUCGUCCUUUCAAAGGGACGCUUCAAAUUCAUCAGAUUACAUGGCAUUCAGAAAAUCCAAAUGUCAUCCAUGCCAGACGAUUAAGUUGUUUGGAAUGCGCAGCCUAUGAAAAAUGCUCUCAUUAUGAAAUAGGACAAAUUGAAAUAGAUUUCAAAGUUACAAAUAGUCCUAUUGAAUCAAUAAUAUCUGGCCAUACUUUUGAUAACGAGCCUGCAUCACCUCAGGCGGGACCUUCCAAUCAACCAAAUUCAUUGUUUGAACAAAAUUUACCUGAAAGCCCUAGGACUAGCUCUGCCUCAACAAAACCAAUAUCGCCUGGUUUUUCUGAUAAACUGACCCCAGAUAAUCCUAUAGAAGAUGUUUUAUUACAAAAUUAUAGGCCUAAUAAAGGCGUACGUCGCACUCGUCUAAUUUUAAACGAUUCUGAUUCUUCCGAUGAAGCUGUCCCUAAAAAACGCCGAAUGCCUUGUUGGUUCGAUGAUUCUGAGGACGAAAACAUUUUUUAGACUAUAUUUCUAAAUUUAUUUCAUUUGGAAAUGUUUUUUUGCUAUUUUUUCUGAAAAUAUACUGAUGUUGUUAUAUUAAAAAAAAUACUACAGAAGUGACAUCUUAUCUGUAGGCAGAUAGUGAUUAUUGUUUUGUUUUUUAAUUAUUCCCUUUUAUAAUUAGACUUUAGGGAAAUAAAUAUUCAUUUGAGAUCAUGAUUCAGUAUUGAAACUUUGAUAACAAAUUUAUCAUAAUUUGAUAGCAUAAAUUAAGAUUAUGUUAUUUUCUGUAGGCGUUUGGAUCUCUUCUGUUGAAUUUCUACAGGAAAGUUGUCCAUUCUGUGGACGGUUUUUGUUAUUUUUUUUUUAAGUAAAGUUAUUAAGUUUUUUUUAAUUUUCUUGUUUCUGAUGUUAUUUACGUUUAUAUUAACCCGGGUUUUCAAAAUUCUGGGUUAAAAUUUUAGUUAUUUGAUUAUUAAAGUGAAGAUAAUGUUAUUUUCUGUAGAAAAUUGGAUCUCUUCUGUAUCCAUAAAAAAAAUUAAAAUGUGAUUUUCUGAGAGA